GCAGCGGGGGAGGCUGCGCGGCGAGUGGAGCCACGGGGCCGGGAACAGGUGAUCGCAGCGGGAGACCCGCGCCCUCCCGAGUUGCGGCGUCCGAGUCCGCGCUCUUGGGCGCAGCGGCAGCCGCCCAGCCCCGGGCUGAUCGAGGCCAGCUGCAGGCUUCGCACGCGCUUCCCGGGCAUCCCUCUGCCCGCGCGAGCGUCUGAAGCCCCCCGGGUCCCGCGAAGCCUCAGGAGCCGCAGCUGCGCGCGGCGGAGCAAAGUUGUGGACGUGUACGGACCGCCGGGCCCCGCGCCGUCACCACCAGCCAGGCGCGCGCUCUAGGAGCGGUGCUCGCGCUGCAGCCCCGGGGGCUUCCGUUGCAAACUGCUCCAGAGGCUGAAACUUCGAGUGCGGGCGGGUCGGGGCCUGCGGGUGUCCCUGCACACCCUGCUAGGGCGUCACAGACGGCAUGUGACCGCUCCGGCGCGGGAAGGCGCGGGCUCUGUGGACCAGGCGGAGGGCAGGUUGCGGCGCACGGCGGGCCCGGGCUCCAGCCGAGCAGCCUCCCUCGCCCGGGCCCCGCCGAGGCCGCCGCGCCCCCGCCCUCGCGCGGGAGGACUCGCUCCAAACUCCCUGAACUUCAGGCGGGUCCCAGAGCGGCGGCCUCGGGGUGCGCAGCCCUGCCCGGGAACCCCAGCCGCUGCGCUCUCGUUCCUUACCCUUGAAGACUCUGAGGACUCCGGGGAGCCCCGGCGGAGCUGACAGCCCCCUGCUGCUGGCCGCGCCGCGAUGCUCGUGAGGAAAGUGCCGGGCUUCGUCCCGGCCUCGGCGUGGGGGCUGCGGCUGCCACAGAAGUUCCUUUUCCUGCUCUUCCUCUCGGGCCUCAUCACCCUGUGCUUCGGCGCCCUGUUCCUGCUGCCCCACUCCUCUCGCCUCAAGCGCCUGUUCUUGGCCUCGCGUACCCAGCAGCCCGGCCUGGAGGUGAUGGCCGAAAUCGCCGGCCACCACCCGGUGCCCGAGCAAGAGCCGCCUCCCAACCCUGCCCCCGCGGCUCCGGCCCCGGGCGAGGACGAUCCCGGCCGCCCGGUCGGUGUCCUCCGUAGGAAAGGGUGGCUGCGGCGCACCCGCCCCACCGGGCCCCGGGAGGAGGGCAACAGUGUCGCAGCCCCCAGGCCACGAGAAGAGAGUGUCCGGUUCAGUUUCGACUACAAUGCUUUCCGCAGCCGCCUUCGACACCCGGUGUUGGGAACAAGGACUGAUGAGAGUAAGGAGUCCCAGAGUCUAGUGCGAGCUCAGCGCGAGAAAGUCAAAGAGAUGAUGCGGUUUUCGUGGCAGAAUUACCGCCGGUAUGCGAUGGGCAAGAAUGAGCUCCGGCCCCUCACAAAGGACGGCUACGAGGGCAGCAUGUUUGGCGGCCUCAGUGGGGCAACCAUCAUCGAUUCUCUUGACACCCUCUACCUCAUGGAGCUGAAGGAGGAGUUCCAAGAGGCCAAGGCCUGGGUGCAAGACAGCUUCCACCUGAAUGUGAGUGGAGAAGCAUCCUUGUUUGAGGUGAACAUCCGGUAUAUCGGAGGACUGCUCUCGGCCUUCUACCUGACGGGAGAAGAGGUGUUCCGAGUAAAGGCCAUCAAGUUGGGUGAGAAACUGCUGCCCGCCUUCAACACACCCACAGGCAUCCCCAAGGGCGUCGUCAACUUCAAAAGCGGUAGCUGGGGCUGGGCCACCGCGGGCAGCAGCAGCAUCCUGGCUGAGUUUGGAUCCCUGCACUUGGAAUUCUUGCACCUCACUGAGCUCUCUGGCAAGCCGGUCUUUGCAGAAAAGGUCAAAAACAUCCGCAAGGUCCUCAGGGAGAUUGACAAGCCCUUCGGCCUCUACCCCAACUUCCUGAGCCCAGUGAGCGGGAACUGGGUGCAGCACCAUGUCUCGGUCGGAGGACUUGGGGACAGUUUUUAUGAGUAUUUGAUCAAGUCCUGGUUGAUGUCCGACAAAACAGAUAUGGAGGCUAAAAAUAUGUACUACGAAGCCUUGCAGGCCAUAGAGACCUAUUUGCUGAAUGUCUCUCCUGGGGGUCUGACCUACAUUGCUGAGUGGCGAGGGGGAAUUCUGGAUCACAAGAUGGGACACCUGGCCUGCUUUUCGGGGGGCAUGAUCGCCCUUGGUGCUGAGGAUGCCAAGGAAGACAAGAGGGCCUACUACCGAGAGCUUGCAGCCCAGAUCACCAGAACAUGCCAUGAGUCCUACGCCCGCUCAGACACCAAGCUGGGGCCUGAGGCCUUCUGGUUCAACGCUGGCCGAGAGGCAGUGGCCACACAGCUGAGCGAGAGCUACUACAUCCUGCGACCUGAGGUGGUAGAGAGCUACAUGUACCUGUGGCGGCAGACACAUGACCCCAUCUACAGGGAGUGGGGCUGGGAGGUGGUGAUGGCCCUGGAGAAACACUGCCGGACAGAAGCCGGCUUCUCGGGGAUCCAGGAUGUGUACAGCAGCAAUCCCAACCACGACAACAGGCAGCAAAGCUUCUUCCUGGCUGAGACGCUCAAAUACCUCUAUCUUCUGUUCUCUGAAGAUAACGUGCUGUCGCCAGAGGACUGGGUGUUCAACACCGAGGCCCACCCGCUGCCCGUCAAUCACUCGGACAGCUCCAGCAUGGCUGGGCACCGCCACUGACCCUCUGUCUCCAUGCCCGUGUCUCAGGGAUGCCUCUACUUUCUUGGGAUCCGGGAUCGUUCUCAGAGGCACUGGGGACGGAAGGCCCAUCGUGGGCAGACCCUGGACGGAUGUGUCGGACAGGCGACUUCUUUUCCUCUGUGAGGAGACAGGAGCUGGUGACACACCAGCAUCGGGCCCGGGCUGUGGUCCCCGGUGCCCACACGUUCCUUUCUAUGGGGAAUUUCUGUGCCCCCACACCCGCUGUCACAGGGCCAAAGGACUGGAGGUUUGCAUAUCCACCCUAUGUAUUUGAUUCACUUCCUUUUUUGUUUAGGGAGUUGGUUUUGCUUGAUUUUGCAUUUUUCUCCACUUGAGUUUUAUGACGAUUAUAAAUAUAAUUUUCAAAAUCAUGCACCUUCUCAAACGGUGUCACCUAACUCAAGGAGACCUUAAGUGUUUUCACACACACACUCUUGACCCAUCUGUUUUUAAUGCCUCGUACCCAACACUGACUCUGUUCUACCCUGUUUUUCCUACUUUCUGAUUUGAGGAGGCACUCCCCUUUGAUUUGGUCCCAAAUGUUACAAAUCACUAAUGCUAUUUUCAUUACUGUAAUGGAAAAAUAUGUGAAGUAGAAUAAAGGAGUUUAUUGAAUAAGAAAUAAGAUUGGACUCAUUGCCCACCAGUGGCUCCUGGGAAAAGUGUUACCACAAUGUCAUCCGAAACAAUCCCAGGCUGACAGCGGAGCUGAGGUAGGAUUUAGUCAACCAUUCCCGCCUCUAUAACACUCCCUUCAACUGGCCCAAGUAGACCCAGGAAGCGUGAGGCUGGCCCUUUGGAUAGAGUUGGGUAUGUGUGCUCAGAUGGAGGACUGGAAGAAACCCAGAGAGGUGAAGCUGUUUGCCUGAGGUCACACAGCCAGGAAAAGGCAGAAAUGAGUCCUCUGGGAUCUCCUGGCCACCCCAGGCCUUUGUUCCUCUGCUGUCAUUCAGCAAUGCUUGAUGAGCACCUGCCGUGACCAGGUGCUACACUCCUCGGACCAAGGAGAAGGUAGACAGUGGGACGGGGACUCAGAUCAUACGAUGCCCCUAGGUCGGUGGAAUGACGUCACAUCACUGGAAACACCAACAAGGAGGCAUGAGGCUGAGUCAACAGGAGCCAGGACCUGGCUCAGGGGUUCGGGACAAUAAGGUGACUUUUAAGUCAAGACCCAAAGAUAAGGAUACAUCGAUAGGAAAGGAUAUAGUGGGGUGAGGCCUGCCAACCCAGACCCUCUUCCCACCCGCCCUGUGCCUACUUCUGCUGCCCCAUGAACCCAGAGGCCAUCUGCAUGGCAAGGAGUCCACCUCGCUACACUGAGGUGCCAGAGUUUCCUUUCCAACCUGGUCCCGCUUGCAGCCUGGCCACAGCUGAGGUCCCGGGUGGUGUUGAGUCUUUCCAGCCCCUUUGUUGGGCUGUGCUUAUCAACUGGUCAUCAAGGCAUUGGAGCUCUGGGCCUAUUGGUCCCCACCCUGACUGUGUGAGCCCAGGCAAGUCACCUCACCUCUCUAGGCCCUUAUCCAUCAACCAGUGAGAUGCUCCUGGUACCCUGUGGUCCAGGGUAUACUGCCUGCUUGUUUUGGAGGCUCGGACACCCCAGCUGUUCCUGAGCAGAGCUUUGCAUGCGCAGUCCCCAUAGCUGUGACCCUCAGAGCAUCAGUCACAUUUUAAUCAGGUGUUGUAGAACCGGGCUUCCUGCUACCCACAGCACACACUUCAAAAGGGAAAGUCACCGCACAAACUCACUGCACAAACACUGUCGGACAAUUGAAAAACCAAGAUAAUCAGAAAGAAAACACGGUCACUAUCCCACUCUCCAGAAUGAGUAACUGUUAUAUUUUCUUCUAGACCUUUUUCUAUGAAUAUAUAGAAUAUAUAUUUUACAAACAUGGUGUCAGCCUAAUGCAUACUGUUUUCUUAUAACCUGCUUUUGCACUUAACUCUAUGUUGUGAACCUCUUUCCGUGUCAACAAAUACACACGUCUGUCAGUGCUCA